AUGCUUGGUUAUGCCAGGAAAAUUGGUCCAGUGAAUAGUUGUCUAGCUGAGUUGUGGUCCCUUAGAGAUGGGCUAAUCCUUUGUGUGCAAGCCCAAGUCCAAGCACUGAUUGUGGAGAUGGAUGCCAAAGCCUUGGUGGAUGCGUUCUCAAACCAAACUAAAUCUAAUGUUGUUAAUUCUUCAUUGAUGGAAGAUUGCAGACAUUUAGCUAGUCAGAUUUCCCAAGUAAGUUUUAGACAUGUUUAUAGAGAAGCAAACAUGUGUGCAGAUCAGUUGGCGAAGUUAGGAGCGUCCAUGGAAAAUGAUUUCGUUGUAUUCUCUAGUCCUCCUGUGUGUAUUGUUCCCUUUGUUGAAGCUGACUGUCGUGGGCAGUAUGUAAACAGGCUUUGUCCUGUAUCUGUUUCCCCUGUUUAG